GGUGCUAUCUAGUGGGCACCUCUCCACGUUUAAAUUCCGUUCGUAUUUCGUAUUUAAAUACGUCUGGCAACACUGCUAAGAAUAACAUUAGAUUUGAACUACCAAGUAGUUUUCUAACCUCACUUUCGUUCUUUUCGAAGUAGAAGUGUGCAAUAAUGAACCUCUUCUGGUCCGAAGAUGAGAAAGCUAAUCUUCUGGAGGCGCUCGAAGAGUGCGGAUCGACCGACAUAAACGCAAUUGCCAAAAUGAUACCUACGAAGUCGCAGACCGAGGUGGAACGAGCGCUGCGCCUGUACGAAAGGAAAGCGAUACGGGCGCUAAAAGACGACGGCAUCACAAGCACCCAACGGCAGGCGCCCAUCGACUGCUGGCUGGAAUUCUUCCGCGACAACAGCCCGGACACGUUCGCAUCGCGCGACCUCGUCACCGCUCUAAGAUUCAUCAAAUUAUUCGAGGAGCGACAGGACAAGAACCUUACGCUGUGUUACGAGUACCUCAUCGACCUGAUGGCCGGUAAGGCUCCCAGGCAGCUACCGGAGGAGGCGAUGCGGAUACUAAUGGAUUGCUUUGAGAAUUUGGGGGCGGUGUUUAAGGGUGAAAAUAUCGGCGAGGAAGUUGAUUACAUUAAAAAGUUACAGUUAAAGGAGGUGUUACAGAAAACAUACGCCAGCAAGAGAGGCAACAUCCUUGGUGAUCCCACUUUGAAUGUGCUAAAAGUUCCUUUAAAACUUUUAAGGAUGAAUUGGGAACCUGACCGUCCUUUGUGAUUUGGUAACCACAGUAUUAUAUUGGAAGACUACUAAUCUUAAUCCUAAUUUAAUGUCGUGAUUUUUUUCCUGUAAUAAACAGUAUUUUUGCAGAUUUUAAAUUCA